AAUCCUGCAGGGAAGCGACCCGCUGGCUCUUCUGUCUGGGAGUUCCGGACAAGAGAGGAAGGCACGAGGGAAAUCCCCCGAUCGGGGAGCCGAUGGGAUGAAGCCGAGGGGACGCGCUGAGAUCGUGGUCGUGGUACGUAGUCCAGGGUCGAUGCCAGGGAUGUCAGUCCGACGAAGAAGCACGCGAACAAGGAAUAAGAGGAGGGGAGAACAGGAGAGCCUGGACUUGGCGGGACAGGGGCCAUCAAUUACACUACGUCAAUAAACGUAAAAUAAAACAGGACUCAUGAAGUUCAACGAAUCAAAAAAUCCUUCCAUCAUCUCCAUGGAACCUCUGGGCUUGUCUCCAUCAGCCGUCUAUCCAAUGUUCCUUCUUGGACUGGCAACCUACUGCCUCAUACUGGUCUUCAAUCUCACCCUCAUCCUCACCAUCGCCCUAAACAGGCAGCUGCACAAGCCCAUGUUCUUGCUGCUCAUCAACCUGCCCAUCUAUGAUGUCAUGGGAGCCACUGCCUUCUACCCUCAGCUGAUUGACAGCAUCCUGACCCAGGAUCGCACCAUCUCCCAGCCAGCGUGUUUCCUCCAGGCAGUGAUAGUGCACCUGUAUGGAGGUGGUACCAUACACAUUCUGACUAUUAUGGCAUAUGACAGGUAUGUCGCCAUCUGCCUUCCUCUGAGGUACAAUGCAAUCAUGUCCCUGAAUCUUGUGGCAAAGCUUAUCACUGUUGCAUGGCUUUAUAACUUUACUACUGUUGCAACUAUUUUCAUCCUGCUUGCACGAUUCAGGUUCUGCCGGUCAGCCAUCACAGACAUGUACUGUAACAAUCCCUCUUUGAUGAAACUGGUCUGUGAGGAUGUAAGCAUUAAUAACUACUAUGGUUUAUCCUUUGCUGUUUUAACUCAGAGUGUAUCACUGUUUGCAGUGAUGGUCACAUAUGUUCAGAUUCUGCUUACCUGUCUUCUCAACAAACAUGCUGAUGCCAAGAGUAAGGCCAUCAGGACUUGUGCCACACAUUUAGUGGUCUUUGUCCUUUAUGAGCUCACCACCUUGUUUACUAUUGUGUCGCAUAGAUUCAAUGAGGUGUCGGCUUUUCUGAGGAGAUCUUUCGGAGUUUCAUUUUUGGUUUUUCCUCCCAUCCUUAACCCCCUUAUAUAUGGCCUCAGCACACGUGAAAUUCGAACAAAAGACAAGAUGUGCCCAGAACUGCUCUCUUGGCAGCUGACCAAGUUCCAUCUCUUUAAGAUUCCUGAAUCAACUUGA